UUUCUAUGGUUCUAUCGUCUGUCAUUAGAGUUCUACCCGCGUUUAAAAUAUACUAGCCGUGGUCAGCAUCAAGAUUCUCUUAAUAUAUUUGUGAUUCCUGAAGAACCAUCCAAUUUUAGGGUUUGAGGUAGAUUCUGUUCUCCCUUAUAUUCUGUUAUUAUAUUUGUGAUUCCUGAAGAGCCAUCCAAUUUUUAGGGUUCGAGGUAGUCUCUGUUAUCCCCCAUAUUCCUGAUUUCUGAGAGUCCCUGAUUUCUGAGAGUUUGAGGGUGCGAGAUGGGCACAAGAAUAAGGGAGAAUUAUAGGAACCCUUGCAUUACCAUGCACCAGCCAUGGGCCUCGCUACUCGUUCAUGGUAUCAAGCGUAUUGAAGGGAGAUCAUGGCCGGCGCCUAUCAGAGGGCGCCUUUGGAUUCAUGCUGCUGCAAAAGUUCCUGACCCAGCAACGAUACAAGCAAUGGAGGACUUCUACAGGGAGAUAUACGCAAUGAAUGGAAUUGCAGGCCUGAAAUUUCCAGAACACUAUCCAGUUUCUCAUCUUCUAGGCUGUGUUGAUGUAGUUGGAUGUGUCAAGUGUGAAGAACUGGUCAGCUGGGAGGAACUACCAGAAGGGGUACGUCUUGAAGGGCAAACAGACUUCUGUUGGCUUUGUGAGAAUCCCCAGAAACUAUUAAUCCCAUUUGAGAUGAGAGGGUAUCAAGGUGUCUAUAAUUUAGAAAGGAAGAUCUUUGACGCAGCAGUAAGAGGUCUUUGUGCUGUCAGUGGUCCCCUACCAGUAAAAUUUCCACUUCCAGAUGCUUCAGAUCCUUAUUCACUGAAACCGGGCUCUCGUGCUUCAUAUUUAAAUGGAUCUAAAACACCUGCAUUGAAAAAACCUCCAAGUCUUGAUGCCGCGAUCGCUGGUGCUAGGGCUGCUGCUACUCAAUUUAAGAAGGAACCAAGCAGGAGUGUUCCCCAAAACCAAAAUGGAGUCAUUAGGAGACGCAGCAAUCGCAACCUCAAUGAAUCAGGUGAAGCCAAUAAGAAUUUAGUUAGGGAAGAGGAGUUCCCAGUGGAUCAUAACAGAAAUUUGAAUCAAAACCAGACUGGAUUUAUCAGAAGAGGAAGUGGUUACAAUAUUUGUGAAACAAGCCAACCAAAUAAGAAUAUAAGUGAGGACAAUUUUAAUGAAUCAAGCCAAGUCGAUAAGAACAGACAUGUGGAGGAAGAGUUCUUAGAGGAGCAAAGCAGGAAUACCAACCAAAACCGAGCCGGAUGUAUUAAAGGGGCUUCCAGUUAUAGUCCAGAAACAUCAAGUCGAGCCAAAAUCAGAGUUACGGAAAUGUACCCAAGGUUACAUCCAAGACAAGUAAGGUUGACUAAGGAGGUUCCAGGGGUCCUCAGGGAAUCAUCUGGCUUAAGUACUGCAGGUGGAAAAGCUCAGUUGGGAGAUUUGUCCUACAAGGCUGAAGAUGGGAAAUGCCCUUCAUAUCGAGUUGCAGAUGAAAGAGCAUUCAACCAAGGUGUCAAUAGAAAUCCAAAUGAGUUUCCUGAAUCUUCUUCAUAUAAGAUAUUUGCGGCUGCAGUUAAAGGCCUUAGACCAGCAUGAGUCUCCAUUUACUCCUCGGGGGAACUAAGAUACUGCCAAUGAUCUUGUUGUAUUAUUUAACUCAUGGUUGGGUUCUUCUUAGAAUGAGGUUGGCAUUUGGGAAGCGUGCGAUAUCCAGAUAACCUAUCAUUUGGGAAUGACAUUUAUUUGGCUCAAGUGUGCCAUCUAUCAAUCGUCGACUUCCAAAGGGAAAGGAUCAGCGAUCCCGUUGCAGAUCUCAUUGAUUGCUUGUCGAAAACUCCCUAAGAAAGAGUAACAGCAGAAGAAGUUGUAGCUUCUUGGUUAAUUUCUGUACAGUUUUUCAUUUGUUUUAUUUUAAUUCCAUGAAAGGCCAUGAAGCUGAUCGGUUUGUGAAUGGAUGCUCUGCAAAUUUAUCAGGAUACCAGUAAGAAGGCGGUGUAUGCAUGGGUUGUACUACUUACUGUCAAACAUUUGUAAAAUUUGUUCCAACUAUUUAAUUUGCAUUAGAGAGGUUUGUUUUUAUUGGA